CCGCUAGCCGCUUGCUCACCGGCUGCUCCCGGAGGCGGUGGAGGGAGCGCGCAGCCCGGGGACUCGCAUUCCCCGGUCCCCCUCCGCCCCAGGCGGCCCGGACCAUGGACGCCAGGUGGUGGGCAGUGGUGGUGCUGGCUGCGCUCUUCUCCUUGGGGGCAGGUGGGGAGACUCCUGAAUCCCCUCCGGAGUCAUGGACCCAGCUAUGGUUCUUCCGCUUUUUGGUGAAUGCUGCUGGCUACGCAAGCUUUAUGGUACCUGGCUACCUCCUGGUGCAGUACUUCAGGCGGAAGAACUAUCUGGAGACAGGCAGGGGUCUCUGCUUCCCCCUGGUGAAAGCUUGUGUGUUUGGCAAUGAGCCCAAGGCCUCUGAUGAGGUUCCCCUGGCUCCCCGGGCAGAGACGGCAGAGACCACCCCCACUUGGCAAGCCCUGAAGCUGCUCUUCUGUGCCACGGGGCUCCAGGUGUCUUAUCUGACUUGGGGUGUGCUGCAGGAAAGAGUGAUGACCCGCAACUAUGGGGCCACAGCCACAUCACCAGGGGAGCGCUUCACAGACUCACAGUUCCUGGUGCUCAUGAACCGAGUACUGGCACUGAUUGUGGCUGGCCUUUACUGCCUCUUCUGCAAGCAGCCCCGGCAUGGGGCACCCAUGUACCGGUACUCCUUCGCCAGCCUGUCAAAUGUGCUUAGCAGCUGGUGCCAAUAUGAAGCUCUCAAGUUUGUCAGCUUCCCCACCCAGGUGCUGGCCAAGGCCUCUAAGGUGAUCCCUGUCAUGUUGAUGGGAAAGUUAGUGUCUCGCCGCAGCUAUGAACACUGGGAAUACCUGACAGCUGGCCUCAUCUCCAUUGGGGUCAGCAUGUUUUUGCUGUCCAGCGGACCAGAGCCCCGCAGCUCCCCGGCCACCACACUCUCGGGUCUAAUCUUAUUGGCAGGCUACAUUGCUUUUGACAGCUUCACUUCAAACUGGCAAGAUGCCCUGUUUGCCUAUAAGAUGUCAUCGGUACAGAUGAUGUUUGGGGUCAAUUUCUUCUCCUGCCUUUUCACAAUAGGUUCACUGCUAGAGCAGGGGGCCCUCCUGGAGGGGACCCGCUUCAUGGGGCGACACAGCGAGUUUGCUGCCCACGCCCUACUACUCUCCAUCUGCUCCGCAUGUGGCCAGCUCUUCAUCUUCUACACCAUCGGGCAGUUUGGGGCUGCUGUCUUCACCAUCAUCAUGACCCUCCGCCAGGCCUUUGCCAUCCUUCUCUCUUGCCUCCUCUAUGGCCACACUGUCACUGUGGUAGGGGGACUGGGGGUGGCUGUGGUCUUUGCUGCCCUCCUACUCCGAGUCUAUGCCCGAGGCCGCCUAAAGCAACGGGGAAAGAAGGCUGUCCCUAUUGAGUCCCCUGUGCAGAAGGUCUGAGGGGCUGAAAGGGGGCCUGAAGGAUGAAGUGAAAUAGGACCCUCUCACCACACCAGUCCUCUCCUACUGUAACUUGAGGCAGUGGCUCAAGGGCAAAAUGCAGGUUCUCAGUAUCAUAAGCCAGCUCUGCAGCUGGGGGUGGGAGCCCAGGAGGCAGCCUUCCCCCCUGCUUUGCCUUAAGUCACCCAUCCUUCAAUAGGCAGGCUUUUCUCUACCCCAGAGAAGAGUCCUUAGCUUAAGCUAGGACGGGGUGGCUGUCAGGAGUCAAGAGGACAAGCACCUUCUAGACUCCUCCCCCAAGUUCCCUGAAGUCUGACCCUAGCCCUUGGCUGUACCACCAGCACCUGAUGUACUGCUUGUCCCCCAUCUUGAGAGGGAGACCCCCUCGGAUACCUGCAUUUCUUACUCUGGUGAGAAAAGCACAAGUGUUAGAGGCUCCAAAUGCUUUCUCAGGAGGUUGAGUUAAAGAUGGUGCUGCGCUGAGGGGGCUGGAGAACCCUGCCCAGCACCACCACCCUCAUGCUCCCGGACCCCUAGGCUCUGCUCCAUGAGCCAGUUGCAGGUUUUGGUACUUUGGAAAUGUAACUUUUUGCUCUUAUAAUUUUAUUUUAUUAAAUUAAAUUGCUGCAGUGGACUUA